CGACAGUCCUUUUCCCCUACAGGCAAUCUACAAGGAAGGUCUCUCUCUCGCCCAAUAAGCCGUGGCCGGUUGACGAGCACUGAACGGCAGCCAAUGCCAACCUGAAGGGCGGGAGGCUAGGGGGCGUGAGCGUCUGUUCUUCCCUCCUCUUCUCCGCCUCCCUUUCAGGUGGGGAAAGGGGUGCGUCCUCGCGCCUAAUGGGGUCGGCAGAGGAAGGGGGGAAAAGCGGGUGAUUAGCAAGACCCGCAGCCCGGCUGGGCGCAAGGGAAGAAGCAAUGGCUCGCGGCGGCGCAAGCAGACAACGCGGGGCUGGAGCGGCGCGCGCCUGGCUGAGGCGCUCUGCUCGCUGCGGGGACGCAAUCGGAACUAGCGCGCGCCGCCUCCGCGCCACCCUGAGCAGCAACAGCAGCAGCCGCCGCCGCCGCCGUCACCGCUUUCCUUCCUCCCCCUGCUCCUCCUCCUCCUCCUCCUCCUCCUCGAGCUAUUGAGGCGCAGGUCUUGCCGGGCGAAAGCGUCUCCAAGCUCCCGUCGCGACUCGUUUCAUUCUGCCUGGGCGCAGGGAAAAGCGAGAGAGUAUCUUGCCCCGAUAGCCGCCUCCUUUCCUUGCUCGGCGCCUCUGCUCCUACCGUAGCUGCCGCUUCCCGAGUGCUUUUCUCCGCCUCAUCUCCAGCGAAGAAAGGAAGCCUCCUUUCCGUCGGGGGACGGCUUCUUCUUCGCUCCCUUCCUCCCUCCUUCCUCUCGCCUGUCUUUUUUUUUUUUUUUUUUCGCCCCUUCCUUUCUGAGGGUGGGAGGGGAGAAGAAUAGGAGCCCGGCGAAGGAAGCCAGCCGCGCUCAGCCCGCCCGCCCUGGGUGUGCGUGAAAGAGCCAUGCGAGAAUACAAAGUGGUCGUGCUUGGCUCUGGCGGGGUGGGCAAAUCCGCUCUCACCGUCCAGUUUGUGACGGGCUCCUUCAUCGAGAAGUACGAUCCUACCAUCGAGGACUUCUAUCGCAAGGAGAUCGAGGUGGAUUCCUCGCCGUCGGUACUGGAGAUCCUGGACACGGCCGGCACCGAGCAGUUCGCCUCCAUGCGGGACUUGUAUAUCAAGAACGGGCAGGGCUUCAUCCUGGUCUACAGCCUGGUGAACCAGCAGAGCUUUCAGGACAUCAAGCCCAUGAGGGAUCAGAUCAUUCGGGUCAAGAGGUACGAGAAGGUGCCCAUGAUCCUGGUGGGCAACAAGGUGGACCUGGAAGGCGAGCGGGAGGUCUCGUUCGGGGAAGGCAAAGCUCUGGCGGAAGAGUGGAACUGCCCCUUUAUGGAAACUUCAGCCAAAAACAAAGCCUCGGUGGAUGAGCUCUUUGCCGAGAUCGUCCGGCAAAUGAACUACGCUUCCCAACCCAACGGGGACGAUCAGUGCUGCUCUUCCUGUGUUAUCCUCUGAGGGGGGGAGGGGGUGGCGGAGAAGAGCACAGCGGCGUUGCUUUAUGUGGUGUUUUUUUAUUAUUAUUUUCUUUCCUUUUCUUUACAUUUUGAAAUAAAAAGGUUUACAGCAACAGCACCACACGAAAAGGUGGCGGCAGCUGGAGCAGCAGUGUUGUCAUCCUGUGAAACUCCCAAGCCUUUGAAACAAAUUUUGCAUUACACCCGGAUCCCUUCCAGGUUAUAGUUUAUAUACUCAUGCUGCUGCGGGUGGUUGUCGGUGUCAUGAGUACGCAUUGUCUCUCGUUAACAUCUGAUUCCUCCCAAGGAAAAGAAAAACUACAAAAAAAAAAAAUAUCUUUGGAAAUGUGGCGCUUUCCGCAUGUACAUGCCAGCGGUUUGAUUGUUGCUUAUUUCUUGUACUUGCCUCAGUUGGGAGGAUUGUAUUGGCCAUUGAUAACCAGUAGGAAAAGUUCCUGUGUUGUUUGCAGCAGGGGCAGAGGGAGAGAGUUAAGAAUUGCUUUAUAACUGGAAGGUUAAACACACAGAGACACACCUAUAAGAAACGAAGGGAAGCAUCAAAGGAAGGAAGUACAUGUGGAGGAAGUUCAAUUCUUUCACACUUGUCAGUCUGAAAUUAACUAGUGACUAGGCAGUUUUUGAUUUUGAGGAUUUCUAUGCAAAGUUGGAAUAUUUGUUACCAUGCUUAUCUCCGUCUGAAGAAGUAUUGCACAAGUACUGCCUGGGACUUUAAUAAUACUGAUGCCAAUACAGCGCAAGAGGUGCCACAGAAAUAUCUGCUGAUUACUUGUGAAAUCUAUUUUGUUUACUUGUUGUAUUGAAAGGGAAGGAAUGAAGAGCAUUUAUUUGUGUUGGGUUUUUUUUAAAAAAAAAUCAGCUAUGAAAACACUAACAGACUUGCACAGUUUUUAAGUUGUAUGUACUUGUGGAAUGGCUGGGGACAGACAGGGCAGGCAAAGUAAUAACAUGCCUUAUUCAAUUUGAGGAGGGAGGGUUGGCAAUAACCAACUAGAUCUGUAAAGUACAAAGAGUUUCUAAAAUGUGGCACAGGGUGAACAGCGCCCCUGUGUGUGUAGAGUGCCUUCAAAGCAGCUGUUGCAGCCCGUGCCAACCUGUGGAAGUUCCAAAAUCCCAUUUAUUUACUCCCUUCCCCCCCAAAACCUCUAGUUAACCGUUUCCUUUCAGUAAUUAUUUCAGUGAACAAGAGAGAACAAAAGGGCCUAUUAUUAAUGGAAUUAUUUUCCUCUUUUUUUUAAUCCAUUUGAGACUUUUCACUUUAGUUGCCAUGGAUUUCAGGGUUUUUUUUAUUAUUCAGGUUCACAGGUAUUAGUGUGCUUUUGUAUGAGAGAGCAUUUGUGUGUUCACCUUUUUUUCCUGUUUUCCUCCAAAAUGAUGUAUUUUCAACCAGCAAUGAAAGAAAUUGUUAAUGUAUCUGAAAAACAAAAUCUCUAAUUGUAAUUUUAAAUCCCAGACAGACGUUUAUUCAUUUCAAUAUCUUUUAAUACAGUUGCCAAUUUUUAAAAAAAGAA